AAUGCUGACGAUGACCCUAUUCUAUUUGAUAAAGACAUCGGACAUCGAAGAACUUCCACUUGCUUCCCGAUUUCUACAUCCUUGAAAGCUCCCUGGUCAGCCCAAGAGUUGGAAUUCCUGCAUGCUCAAAGGACAAAGUAAACUCUAAUAUUUGGCAGUUGCAAAUGCUUACUCGAACGUUGAGCUUAUGGAUUGAUGAUACACAAGCCGUGUUAACUAGUCUUUCCCAUCACUCAGAGCGCCUGCUAACGUUAACACAGAAAGCACAGUCAUUGUUUCCUUGUCACUCCUUCAGUGCAGACGGUGAUUUUCUUAGGAGAGAUUCCUCACUUGUCUUGAAUUAAAUAGCAGUAUGGAGAAUGACUGGCUAUCCGAAGAUGAAAACGAUCCAAAGUAUGAAGCCUUAAGAGAAUUUGUCCUUGAGACUCUCGGGAAGUUCAGUCGUAAAAUAAGAGAAGUUGGUAUUAAGCUUGAAAACCUUGAAAAAAAAUUGGACUCAGGAACAGAAUGUGCCAAGUUCGAAGCUGAUUUGGACCAGAUUCAUAAGAAAAUUGAUAAAGAGGUGAAGCCUGAAUUUGAAAACGCACUUUCCUUCCAAAUUAGUCAAGUGAACUCGAGAAUAGACGAGUUAGAAAUGGCUCUAGUAAAUCCUAAAAAGAGAAAAAUGAUAGACAAUGAAGAAUUUGAAGAAGAGGAAACAGAAGCUAAGAUCGCGACAUCUGUGGAAGAAUUAAAUGAAAACAUAAGAAAAGAAGUCGCGGAAGUGUUCAAGAGCAUCGAAAGGAGCUACCGCAAAGAACAGGAAAAAGUUUCGAAGUUACAGCUAGCGUACAUUCAUUACUGGCUGGGAUUGCAGGAAACCAUUUCUCCAACAAAAAUGGUAGACAUCCAAAAUUUGAUAAAAGAUGGUGUGGAGGAUCGCAUAUGGAGCGAGGGAUGGAAGCCAGACGUUCGCGGGGAUUUCACCAACUAUUUACAGGACAAAGUAAAGAAAAUAGUCAAGAAGAAAAGAGCAAUCAACGAAAGAACAAAGCUCCAGCAAGAGCUAGACAACUUGGUUGGGAAUGAUUUGCAAUAAAAGUUUGCUUAUGGUUUGUGUAAAAAGAAAAGCAUCUGUUCACUAAGUAUUGCUUAUCAUUUAUGUUAUCCUUUAUGUAAACCUUUUGUUAGUGCAAGGAAAUUUGCUAAAGUAAUGAAAGGUAAAAGAAGCAGGAAGCUAUAUAUUAUAUUAACAUUAUGUUGAUGUAAGGAAAGUAACUUCAUAAAAUAUAUGUUGAUGUCAUUUUUGAUAAGAGUAAAAAAUGAGUAUGUUUUAACAACAAAUAUGAAAACUAA